GCCUUGCCCGUUUUGUGCCAGAAUAGCAAUCGAUAACGAUUGCUUUGCUCACCCCUCCUUCGCGUCACCGCCGGGAGCUCUACCCCUUUCACGUUCCCCGUUUCUUUCCCUCUAAUCUUCCUUCAACUCCAUCUUCUUCUCCAAAUCCCGGAACAAGAAUCAGAAACUCCUCUACUGGUUGGUAAUCCAAGAAAUCUAUUACCUUUUAGCACAGAUGGAUAUCUUAGCCGACAAGGAUUUAGGUCGGGCUUUCGUCGGCGGGACGACCAGAGAGCGAAAUCCUAGCUGCUAAGGCAUUGGAAUUGGGAAAUUUGGAGGCCUUGGAGAGGUGGUGGAGAUGGCGAUGAUGAGUAAAACCCGGAACGUGUUGGAAGGGUUGGUGAAGGACGGGGCGUUCAACUGGGCGCUCAGCCGCCGGAGCUCCUUUGACGAGGAGUUCGAGGAGAUGGGCCGCUCCCCGUCCGGCAAGCGCAAGGGGAUUCCCGAGCUCUCCCCGAUGGCCAAUGUCAUCGUCGGCCGUUGCUCACGAACUCUUGACGUUUCAAUGGACGAGCUUCAGCAUAACUUUGAUAAAGAAGCAUCUGAGUCCAUAAAACACCCCUCAAACUAUGCAAGAAAUUUCUUGGAGUACUGUUGUUUUAGAGCACUUGCUCUCUCUACUCAAGUCACAGAUCACUUGGCUGAUAAGAAAUUUCGCCGGCUGACGUUUGAUAUGAUGUUAGCCUGGGAAGCUCCUGCUACUGCAAGUCAGCCUCUAGUCAAGCAGGUGGACAAGGAGAGUACCGUUGGGGUAGAGGCUUUCUCUAGAAUAGCACCGGCGAUCCCCACCAUUGCUGAUGUAGUCACCUGUUUCAAUCUUUUUGACGUACUUACAACUUCGACUGCUGGGCAACUUCCCUUUGCAAUAUAUGAUAAGUACCUUGGAGCGCUAGACAGAGCAACACAAAAAAUGAAGACACAAUCAGAAUCAUCUCUUCUUUUGGGUCUUCGAUCGCAUAGAGGAGAAAGAAUUCUUGAUGUGGAUGGAACAUUGACCACCCAACCGGUACUUGAACAUGUAGGAAUUUCCACAUGGCCUGGAAGAUUAACGCUGACAGAUCAUGCUCUCUACUUUGAACCUCUACGUGUUGUAACUUAUGACAAAGCAAAAGUAUAUGACCUUGCAGAUGAUUUAAAACAGAUUAUCAAGCCUGAGUUGUCUGGGCCAUGGGGUUCACGUCUUUUUGACAAAGCAGUCAUGUAUAAAUCGAUAUCCUUAUCAGAACCAGUGAUCGUGGAGUUUCCAGAGCUUACAGGUCAUUCACGUCGGGACUAUUGGCUGGCCGUUAUGCGAGAAAUUCUUUAUGCCCAUAGGUUUAUUAGAAAAUUCCAAAUAAAGGGUGUUGAGAAGGAAGAAACAAUUUCGAAGGCUGUGCUAGGUAUUCUGCGUUUGCAAGCUAUUCAAGAGUUAGUUCCCUCAAUUCCCUUACAAUGUGAGGCACUUUUGAUGUUCAAUCUGUGUGAUCAGCUUCCUGGAGGUGACCUAAUACUAGAAACUCUAGCUGAAUUGGUAUCUUCUAGGAGGUUGGAUCAGGUUAACAAAUCUAGCUCAGGAAGUGGAAUGUAUUCUAUAUCUGCUUUGGCGGUCUUGUCAAAUCUGGGGGUGGAAUCACAAGAUGCUAAUAAUGAAAGACUUCUUGUUGGUGAAUUAGUUGUAGGGCAGAUGAGUUCCUUAGAAAAGGCUGUGAGUGAGUCCCGGGAUAAUUACAAAAUGGUAGAGCAGGCAAAAGCCACAGUUGAUGGAGUUAAAGUAGAUGGGAUCGAUACAAAUUUGGCGUUGAUGAAGGAGCUGUUGCAUCCUAUGAUUGAACUAGGAAAAAUGCUUGAUUCUUUGGCAUCAUGGAAUGAACCUCUCAAGUCUUUUGUAUUCUGUUCUGUAUCUUGUUACAUAAUUUCCAGGGGAUGGCUAGGUUAUGUACUUGUUAUGGUGCUUCUUUUUAUUGCAAUCUUCAUGUUGCUCACUAGGUUUUGUAACAAAGGCCAGCCUAUCAAUCAUGUUAAGGUGACAGCCCCUCCAGCAAUGAAUACUAUGGAGCAGCUCUUGGCUGUUCAAAAUGCCAUAUCUCAAGUUGAGGAGCUGGUCCAGGAUGGGAAUGUCAUUCUUUUGAAAUUACGAGCCUUGUUAUUGGCUAUGCCUUCUCAGGCAACAGAUAGAGCUAUAAUAGUGCUGGUUCUACUGGCCUUGGCUAUAGCCUUUCUACCUGGUAAAUUGAUAAUCUUAAUGAUAUUUCUGGAGGCAUUCACGAGGAACUCGCCUUCAAGAAGAGCGAGCACGGAGAGAUGGACAAGAAGAAUAAGAGAGUGGUGGUUCAGCAUACCAGCAGCCCCUGUAGUACUUAAACGAGAUAAAGAACAGAAAAAGAGGAAGUGACCCUGUAUGCUCAUGUAUUUUUAGUUGUCUCAUAUGUUCAUAAAUAAGAUUCCGUUACUGCUUAUGUCAACCGUCCAAUGCAGGGGACAUUUAGAGAGAGAGAGAGAGAGAGAGAGAGAGAGAG